UCUGAUUGGUAGCUCUGCUACUGAAAAAAAGCCCGAUCCAUUCAUGGAAAUGGGAGCGAUCGGUGCUUUAUCACUGUGUGUGGAAACACCUAGAGCCGUGUUUGGUGUGCCCCUCAUUAGUCUGAGGAAGAGUGGACAGAUGAGGCAGGGUCUUCCUCUGGCGCUCACACACAUGGUGGAGUUUGUGGAGAAGCACGGUCUCAGCAAGAUCGGCCUGUUCAUAGUCGGCGGAUCAGUACAACGCUGCAGGGACCUAAAGAAAGGUUUCGAUGAUGGAGGCUUUCCAGAGCGUGACAGUAGGGAUGUAGAUACUUGGGCCUCCUUACUGAAACAUUUCCUCAAGGAAAUACCUGGUGGACUUAUCCGGAGCCACACAAGACACAACUGCUGCAGGUGUUCAGGGGUAAGAGAAGUUGAGGUGGUGAUGAGUGAACGUGUUAAGCACUCGCCGCUCAGCAAAACAGAUUUAUCCCGACUCGGUCUUACUGAAUCCUUGUAUGUUGCAGAUUCAAAAAAGAAGAGCUGA